AUGUCCAUGCUACUCUCUGCGCGGAUAUUGCCCGCACAAGCCUCGUCGUCGAGCACGUUGCGUCAAACACCCAACGACGAUCGAUCCACACGCCUCUACACCUCCAUGAUCCUCAACUACGCAUCCCGUCUGGAAAGCAAUCAUCGCUGGUUCCAACACGAACGUCAUCUCAACGAGCUCCGCAUGGCGCCCACUCGCAGGGCCUUCACGCUCGCCGUGCGUCGCCUGCGAGACGCUGGCAUUCAGCGCCAUCCGCGCGACCUCGAGGGCAUCCCCGUGCCAGACUCCCCGACGCGCAGUCUUGUCCGCGAAGCGAAGCUGGCGUGGAAGAAGUUCCAAGAUGAUGAACGCACCUCCGAAAAUUGGGAGCGAGUGCUCAUCGGGUCCUCCGAGAAGACGCACAAGGAGCUCCGCGCCGACCUGCGUGCUGUCGUCGCUGCAAGCCUGCUGCAUCGCAAAAUGCUGGUAAAGUCGCGCCUCACGAAGUCUCGCUGGGGAGUGCUCAGCAAGACAGUCCUGGUCAGCGUGCGAUUGCGCCAAAAGACCAAAGCACAUAUCUAG